CUGCUGCGCGGAUCCUCUUCUGCUUAGGUUGCGUCGGCCUUGCGCGCCCCCCCCCCAUGCUCCUUGCCCGGGUCUGGCCAUCAUGACCACGCUCCGCUUGUGGGACCACCUGCGGGCCGGCAGCUCCGAGCUGGACUGGUGCGAAGACAACUACACCAUCGUGCCCAGCAUCGCCGAGUUCUACAACACGAUAAGCAACAUCUUAUUUUUUGUUUUGCCACCCAUUUGUAUGUGCCUAUUCCGACAAUAUGCCACCUGCUUCAACAGCGGAAUAUAUUUAAUAUGGAGCCUCCUAGUGGUGGUUGGAAUUGGAUCUGUCUACUUCCAUGCCACGCUCAGUUUCCUGGGUCAGAUGCUUGACGAACUCGCUAUACUCUGGGUUUUGAUGUGUGCUCUGGCCCUGUGGUUUCCUAGAAGAUACCUUCCCAAAAUGUUCAGGAACGACAGGGGCCGAUUUAAAGCAGCAGUGGGCAUCCUCUCCGCGAUCACCACAUGCCUCGCCUUCAUCAAGCCUGCCAUCAAUAACAUCUCGCUGAUGACGUUGGGUCUUCCCUGCAGUGCCUUGCUCGUCGCAGAGCUGAAAAGAUGCGACAAUGUGCGAGUGUACAAGCUGGGACUGUUUUCUGGCCUCUGGUGGACUUUGGCACUUUUUUGUUGGAUCAGCGACAAAGUAUUUUGUGAGAUCUGGUCGUCCUUCAACUUCCCAUAUUUGCACUGUGUAUGGCACAUCCUCAUUUGCAUCGCCGCUUACCUGGGCUGCGUGUGCUUCGCCUACUUCGAUGCCGUCUCGGAGAUCCCCGAGCAGGGCCCGGUCAUUAAGUUCUGGCCCAGCGAGAAGUGGGCUUUCAUCGGGGUCCCUUACGUCUCCCUCCUCUGCGCGCACAAGAAAUCGCCCCUGAAGAUUACAUGAUGGCGGCGGUUCUAACAUGCGGGAGGAGAAGAGGCCGG